CUCCUUGUACUACUCGAGCAACAGCAGGGUCAGUAAAGAUUUAAUUUCAGAUCAUAACAGUAGCAUUUCGUCAAUAACUUAAACACGUGUAAGACCUGUUUUACACGGGAGACACCACACGACCUUCGAUGCGGAUUAAAAAUAUUCGCUGCCACUUGAAAGCACUAUUAAUUUACCCCUGUCGUUCAACGCCUAGCUAGCAAGUUAGCCAGGCGAGCUAAGAGACAGCUAACCUUAGUUCGCGAGCCAGUCACCAAUAUCUUACGGUGCAGCCGAGUCAUUCCGUUGGCUUUCACUUUAAACGUCCGCUUCCUCACUUGUCUGACACCCCCGAAGCCACAGGCCGCUUCGAUUCCGUUUCGAUGUGUUGUGUUGUCUGAUAAAGGGGGAAGGGAGUCUUAAAUACGGGUUUCGGGGUGGUUCUUCUUUUUUUUUUUUUGCGUGUGUGCGUGCGUGCGUGGGUGAAUCUCUCGUUUUGGGCCCCGAUGACGACACACGGAGGCUUGGAGGAGCGGACAGGCUGAGACCAAGCGUGCCGUGACCUAGAGGAAAUAAGAGAGACAGGAAGAGAGAGAGAGAGAGAGAACGAUUCAUUCAGUCUCCUAGAUUUCCCAGGAAGCCGUAGGCCUAGGCCAAGCCCUGUUGCCAUGUCGACCUCCUCACUGCGUCGACAAGUGAAAAACAUUGUUCACAAUUACUCAGAGGCGGAGAUAAAGGUCAGAGAAGCGACCUCCAAUGACCCCUGGGGCCCAUCCAGUUCUCUGAUGUCGGAGAUCGCCGACCUGACGUACAACGUGGUGGCUUUCUCGGAGAUCAUGAGCAUGGUGUGGAAGAGACUGAACGACCACGGGAAGAACUGGAGACACGUCUAUAAGGCGAUGACUCUAAUGGAAUAUCUAAUAAAGACGGGAUCUGAGAGAGUGGCCCAGCAGUGCAGAGAGAACAUUUAUGCUGUCCAGACGCUUAAAGACUUCCAGUACAUCGACAGAGACGGCAAAGACCAGGGUGUGAACGUGCGAGAGAAGGCGAAGCAGCUGGUUACUCUGCUGAAAGACGAGGAGAGAUUACGAGAGGAGAGGAUCCACGCGCUCAAGACCAAAGAGAAGAUGGCACAGACUUCUAGUGCCUCCUCCGCGCCCUCUGCUCCAGGGUUAGGGGCCGGGGGGCUGUCCGCGCACGGGGGGCCGGACUCCGACCAGGCGUGGCCCCAGAGCUCCGGAGAGGAGGACCUGCAGCUGCAGCUGGCGCUGGCCAUGAGCAAGGAGGAGGCGGAGCAGAAAAACCCGAGCACCUUGGAGGACGCCGAACUUCGCUAUGCCCUCACACUCAGCAAGGAGGCACAGCAAGAGGAGGAGCGUCUGCGCAGGGGAGACGACCUGAGACUGCAGAUGGCUAUCGAGGAGAGUAAGAGGGAGAAAGCCAAACCUGAGGAGUCCUCUCUGAUGGAACUGAGUGCCGCUGAUCCCUGGGGAGUCCCUGCCGGCUCUGGUUCGGCGGGCCCCUCCCCCCCUCCUCCGUCUGCGGCUCCGCCCGCUGCGGCGGGGCCCUGGGGUGCAGCAGACCCCUGGGGGGCCACCUCUCCUGCCUCACCCCCCAGUGCUGACCCCUGGGGUGGGGGGCCGCCGGCCGUAGCGGCCCAACCUGACCCGUGGGGAGACGCCCCCAAAGUGAACUCUGACCCCUGGGCUUCGACAGCCGUGACCCCUCCCAGUGCCGACCCCUGGGGUCCCUCAGUGGCCCCGUCCACUGCCUCAGCCUCUGGGUCAGGUGACCCUUGGGCUGGUGACGGGCUUGCCCCUGCCACUGACACCCUGACCUCUGACCCAUGGAGCGGGCCUUCAAAACACACUAAUGGCACAGGAGAUCCAGACAGAAGAGGUUCGUCGGCAGCGGCAACCGGGGUCGAAGGGGGCGGGGGGAGCACCGGUUCACCGGUGCCCUUUGACCUCUCGUCGCUGGGCUCGUCUUUGCCCGUGCGGAAAACGCCGGAAUCGUUCCUGGGGCCCAACGCGGCGCUGGUGGAUUUGGACUCGCUGGUGUCGUCGAAACCGAAACCCAAGCAGCCUCCCCCCUCCAUCUCCUCCUCUUCACACAAUCCGUUCUUACAGACACAGGGCUCCUCUCCAGCUCCUGGUAUGGCAGUCACUCCAGGCAGUACCAUCUCCAGUCGGGGUGUGUCUCCAACCCCACCUGCCUCCUCUAACCCGUUUGGAGUGACCCCCUUGACUGCAAUCUCCCCCCAGCCGUCAGUGCUUGGCCUGAGCCAGCUACGCACCAGCCCUGUCCCGCCUAACCCCAUGCUUGGUCACAUGCCACCCCCGACUUUGGGCAUGGUUCAGCCCGGCAUGGGUAUGCCCCCAAUGGGGGUCCCUGGCGUGGGUCUCGGAAUGGUACAGUCUAGUCCAAUGGGAAUGCCUUUUAGUGGAAUCUCGCCAAUGGGACAGCCUGGGAACCCCAUGCUGAUUGGUCCUGGGCCCGGCCAAUCUCCUUUGAUUUUGGGUGGGCCGAGUGGAGUGGGCGGGGCAAUGGGCGCAGGAGGAUCAGUUGGAGGGGGAGGAGCCACAGGUGCGAGCACCAAUCCUUUUCUUCUUUGAGAAAAUUCACCCCCCCCCCCCCCCCCCCCCCCCUCACACACACAACUUUUUGGGUCCUUUUUCACUUCAGAGACCCACCCACACACGCCCAAUACAAACAGUUUAUGUGUCCGAUUAUUAAAACAAAAGUCAUCCAAAUGAUGUGUGUACAUCUCCAUAUUUACAGAAGACAAGGAAAACAAAACAAAACAGAAUUGUGGUUAUUUUACUUUCACAGCCAAGCAUUUCAGUCUUUAUUAUUAUUAUUAUAAUUUUUUUUUUUUGCUUGGCAGAAUGGGAUU